AUGGUGCUAACUCACUUGUUUCUAGCACUUCUGGGUGUGUCCUUGUUUGUUUCUCCGGCCAUUUCCCGCUACACCGCCAACCCGACCGACUUAAAAUCAUGGUGUAGUAAGACACCCCACCCACAGCCCUGUGAGUUCUUCCUAACUCAUAACCCUAAAUAUGGCAAUCCCAUCCAGCAAAAGUCUGAUUUUCUCAAGCUAUCCAUGCAAUUAGCCCUAGACCGGACCAUGCAUGCUCUAUCUCACACUUACGCCCUCGGCCCAAUGUGCCGCAAUAAACAAGAAAAGGCUGCAUGGGCUGAUUGUCUCGAACUUUAUGAGUCGACAAUCGAAAAACUCAACAAAUCAGUGGAUCCCAACUUUAAAUGCAGUCAAGUUGACGUUCAAACAUGGCUCAGUACGGCUCUGACCAACCUAGAGACAUGUAGAACCGGGUUCGUGGAGUUCGGUGUUACAGACUAUGUAAUGCCCUUAAUGUCUAAUAAUGUGUCUGCUUUGGUUAGCAACACUUUAGCCAUGAACAAUGGGCCUAAUGGUGAGCCGAGUUACAAAGAAGGGUUUCCGAGUUGGGUUUCACCCGGUGACCGGAAACUGCUGCAGUCUCCAUCUCCGGCUUCCAGUGCCAACAUUGUGGUUGCGCAAGACGGGUCGGGGAAUUAUAAAAUGGUAAGUCAAGCUGUCACCGCCGCCGGAAAGCUGUCGGGCAGAGGUAGGUUUGUGAUAUAUGUGAAGGCAGGGACGUAUAAUGAGAAUGUUGAUUUUGGAAGCUUGAAGAACAUCAUGUUGACCGGUGAUGGCAUCGGACAGACUAUAAUCACCGGUAGCAGAAGUGUUGGCGGUGGCUUCACCACCUACAAGUCGGCCACUGCUGCGGCUAUGGGAGAUGGAUUUAUUGUCAAAGGCGUCACCUUCAGGAAUACUGCUGGAGCUCAAAACCACCAGGCAGUGGCUUUUCGAUCUGGCUCAGAUCUUUCGGUGUAUUAUCAAUGCAGUUUUGAAGGAUUUCAAGACACACUCUACGUCCAUUCCCAAAGACAAUUCUACAGAGAAUGUGACAUUUAUGGAACUAUUGAUUUUAUUUUCAGAAACGUCUCAGUCGUCUUUCAAAAUUGUAAUUUAUAUGCACGAUACCCUCCUAAGAAAAUCAACACUUUAACUGCUCAAGGUAGAACUGACCCUAAUCAAAACACUGAAAUCUCCAUACACAGUUGUCAAGUCACAGCAGCUUCUGAUCUAAAACAAGUUCAGAGCACAGUCCAAACAUUUCUUGGCAGGCCAUGGCAAAAAUAUUCGCGUACAGUGUUUAUGAAGACGUACCUUGAUAGCUUAAUUGCUCCUGCUGGUUGGUUUCCAUGGAAUUUCAACUUUGCUCCAAGCACAUUAUAUUACGGGGAGUAUAUGAACACAGGUCCUGGCUCAUCAACUGCAAAUAGGGUGAAAUGGGGUGGUUACCAUGUCAUAACUAGUGCAACCGUGGCGUCCACGUUCACUGUUGGCAGCUUCGUUUCCGGCAAUUCUUGGUUACCGGCCACCAAUGUGCCAUUUACUUCUGGCCUUUGA